AUGGCGUCUCGUGUCCUUUCAGCCUAUGUCCGCCGCCUGCCUGCGGCCUUUGGGCCGCUGCCCCGGGUCCCGAUGCUGGCCGUGGCCCCGCCUCUCAGCACCGGUCUGUGCUCCGCGGGGACCCAGGCGAGGCUUGGGCCUUUGCAGCCGGCCUUAAGGCUCCCGCAGGUUCCUGGUAGAGUUACACAGUUGUGCCGCCAGUAUAGCGACAUGCCCCCUUUGACGUUAGAGGGCAUCCAGGACCGUGUUCUUUACAUAUUGAAACUCUAUGACAAGAUUGACCCAGAGAAGCUUUCAGUAGAUUCUCAUUUUAUGAAAGACCUGGGCUUAGACGGUUUGGACCAAGUGGAGAUUAUCAUGGCCAUGGAAGACGAAUUUGGAUUUGAAAUUUCUGAUAUAGAUGCUGAAAAGUUAAUGUGUCCACAAGAAAUUGUAGAUUACAUUGCAGAUAAGAAGGAUGUAUAUGAAUAAAGUAUCAGGCCCUUUGGCU